GACACCGGGGGAAGAAAUAUCGAAACCAAACAGAGCCGAAGUCCCUCUGAGUCCGCUCAGCAGUCCGGCUGAAAGUUCUGAACUGCAGCAGGAUCCGUGGAGACCGGAGGGGAUCUUAUCCGGACCGGGGUCGUUUUAAUGAGACCCGCCGAUAGACGGAUAAACGGACAGACAGGAGGACCCGAGGACUCGCUUUGUUCACUUUAUCUCCGGAUAUUCACACAGAGAAGGACUCAAAACUUUCUCUUCUCUAUUUCUUUUUCACACAUAAGUUUUGCCGAUUUGCUUUCUUUCUGCUGCUUUUUCAUUGAAACCAAAGAAGUCGCUCAGAAACCGCCAGCUGACUGACGACAGGUUGCGCAACCUAGACAAUAAGAAGCAAACAAAGACGUCACCACCAGUUCUCCCAGUUGCUGGUCCCAGUUGUUUUUAUGUCUACACCGAUUUCUGCUGCAAAGACAGACAGAAGCCAGCACCUAAACGCCGACUCUACUGGAUUUCUACUAAAUCUACUGGCUUCCUGUUGACCUGCAGUCCGGACCAGUCUGCCUCAAGAUGAGCGCCAGCGUGUCUACAACCAGAUCUCAGCUGUGUCUUAAGAGGCUUCUGGACCAGCCUCAAGUCGAUUCACUGAAAUGUAAACGAGCCCGUCUGGCUCCACCCCCUACCUCUACUGGGAUAUCACCCUGCCUGAGACCCACAAGCCCCGCCCCCACAUCCAACUCGAGCCAGUCUUCAUCAAGAGUUGGGUCAUAUUUCCUCUUUGAACGGUGUGAGAGGGAAGAGACCUACAGGGCUGUGCAUGUGCACACACAGCAGCAGUACACCUGUCAGGUGCUCCCACUGCGUGGAUACCAGGAGCGGUUGGCGGCCUAUGACCGGAUUGGUAAACAUGAAAACAUCUGCGCUCUGCAGGACGUUGUAAUUGGCCAAAACAAGGUGUAUGUCUUCCUGCCUGGUCACCACGGUGACAUGCAUGCGUAUGUGCGCAACAGGAAACGCCUGAACGAGGAGGAGGCGGGGCUUUUGUUCGCCCAGAUGCUGAAUGCUGUCAUGCACUGUCAUGACCACGGAGUCGUUCUGAGAGACCUGAAGCUCCGCAGAUUCGUCUUCAUCGACAAAUACAGGACUCGUCUGGCACUACUCGGACUCGAUGACUGCGUGCUCCUGCAUGGUAACAACGACGAUGACUCUCUAACAGACAGACAUGGCUGUCCUGCCUACGUUGGCCCUGAGCUCCUGACCAAUGGGAAUGGGUCGUACUCAGGCCGUGCCGCAGACAUCUGGAGCCUGGGCGUGUCUCUGUACACAAUGCUGAUUGGCCGAUACCCUUUUCAGGACACGCAGCCUGCUGCGCUGUUUGCUAAGAUACGCCGUGGAGCAUUUAGCCUGCCCGAUUGGAUGUCGCCAGAGGCCAAGUGUCUGAUUGGCUGCAUGCUAAGGAAAUCUCCCACUGAGAGACUGACGGCAUCUGAGCUGCCGAUGCACCCGUGGCUUACCAAACCUCGCAUGCCACACAGCAACAUGCACAAGAUACAUCACAGCUCCCACACAACACUACAGAAUAAACAAGAGGACAAUGACCAAGUGGUGCCAAUAUGGACUGAGACAAAUUAAAAGACAUCUCUAUUUCCUUGUGAGGACCUGAACUGCUAUACUGAAUCCCUGCAGCCUAAACCUGAUUCACACUUCAGGUGUAAAACCUAAUCUGGACUAUAAAAACAGCGUCUUCGGGAUGUGUGGCUCCGUCCUCACACUCAAAACUCCAAAGAGGUCUUCACAGAUAUAGACACAUUAAAAGCACAGCCGCACUACAGAGACAGUCUAAUCCUGGAUUACUUGACCCUUAUGUGCCUUCUUUCUCUACCUGUGUCUCAGUUCAAGCCCGGCCUCUUUUAGGUGGCAGGGCCUCCAAAGGUGGUUUUCUUUCUCAAAUUUUCCUUACAGUGGACUCCCAGCAGUCACUUGUUCCAGCAGUAACAGACACAAAUGAGAACUAAUGGUGUGUUCAGGUGCACAUCCUCAACAAGUGCAGUGGAGAAUAUCCUACAUCCCAAUCUGCCCAACUAACAUGUACUUGAGCAAUAUGAUUAAGCAACUGUCAUCUACUAGACUGCCCCUCAUUAACUGAAGGUUUGAACAGCAGAUGGGUGUGGCUUCUGUGCUCAGUGCUAUCAAAGCUGUAUAUUAGGCAUACCUCACUGACAUCACAUAGAGCCAAGUACUGCAAUAAAUUGCUAAAAUAGUGUUUAAAGGAAGGUUAUGUAUACAUAUGUUGACCUUGUUAUUUGAAAAUGUUAAAGGUUUAGCAUUAUAUUUUUAUAUAUAACAAUAAGGCAUAAUAGGUCCCCUUUAAGGGCAAAAAAAUGUACUUGAGUGUGUUGAGAAUUGCCCUGAACGCACCUUUAUAUUUAAAACUGUGGACUCAAAAGGAGGUGGAGCUUAAAAUGGGACAUAGCUUUUUUGUUUCAGUGUUUACAAUGCUGAUUUCCUUCUGUGAUUGUGAGAAAGAUCAAACACAUCUUUCUGAAAAACAUUAGGAACCAGAUUAUACGGUAAUUGUUUUUAAUAUAAAAAAUGGCAUUGAAAAGGAAUACAGCUUCAGCUAUCAGUGUUCUCAUCCAUUUUUACACAAGCAGAGAGCAGCCAUGGUUGAUAAAAUAUUUUUCAGAUCUUAGCAGACCUUAAAAUCAAAAUUUCAUUGGGUAAUUUAAUAUAAUUGUUUUUUGUGGACUUAUAAAAAAAAUCCUGUAUCUCAUAAUAAUCUCCACAAAUUAUUUAUAUUUUGAUACAAACUUAUAAACUGUUUUCUCAUGUUUGACAUUUAUUUGUGAAUGAAUAACAACUGUUUAUUCUGGGACACAUCUUAUUCUCUCACAAUGUCACUGAGCAAUUUAAUUUGGGAAUAACAGGAUAAAGGAGAAGCAACAUUUGUUGACUCAUUAAGAAAAUAAUGAAGUGAUGAUCUUGAGAUAAUGGAAUACGAUUAAUCAUCACUUACUGGUCUUGUGUGUCUAUUGAGGAUGAUAAUAAUUAGAAACAAACCUCAACUCAGACAAUAAGCUGCUUCCUGGUAUGCUGUAUGAUUCUGGUCCAACUUACAGAUGACGAGAAAAAAAAUAAAGGUUUUGAAAAAUG